CGCCGGAUUCCCACGACGAGGAUCCGUGAGGGAGACGGCGCGCUCGGGCGGCUGCGGCGAAGAUGGCGGAGGAAGCGGAGGAGGCGCCGGCCGCCCUCGGCCACGGCGAGGCGGAAAGCGUCGAAGAGCUCCCGGGGGCGGAAGCCGGCAUUGAUGAAGAGGGGCUUCUGAAUCAGGAGAGUAAUGGGCCUCCCAAGCCAGACGAGGCCAUGCCGGUGCAAGAGAUCAAUGGGGAUAGCCUGGAAGACAACACGGCAGCCCUGCAGGCCGAGCCAGCCAGAGAGGAGACCCCUCAGCCUCCUGCUUCAGAUGUGGGGAUGAUGAUGUCCUUGAGCCAGCCCAUGGAGGAUCUCUCUAUCACCUACCCUCUGGAGUUUGAGCGCUACUGGAGAGCCACUCAAGAGAACCCCCUGGACUUCACCGCAUGGACCGAAUUGUUGCAAUACGUGGAACAGGAGAAUCACAUCUACGCCGCCCGCAAAGCUUUCGAUAACUUCUUCCUGCGGUACCCUUACUGCUACGGCUACUGGAAGAAGUACGCAGACAUGGAACGACGCUUUGACUUCAUCAAGGAGACCGAGGAGGUUUUCCAGCGAGGGUUGCAGUCCAUCCCUCUCAGCAUGGACCUCUGGAUCCACUACAUCACUUUCCUGCAGUCCACCUUGGAUAUGAACCAACCCGAUUCAGCUCAGAAAAUUUGUGGCACUUUUGAGGCCGCCGUGGCUGCCGCGGGAGUCGAUUUCCGUUCGGACAAGCUCUGGGAGAUGUAUGUGGAAUGGCAGAAGGAGCAGGGAGACCUGAGGGCCGUCACUGGCAUUUAUGACAGGGUGCUGUCCACUCCCACCCAGCUGUACAGCCAUCACUGGGAAAACUUCAAGGAACACCUGUCCAGCCAUCCGCCUGUGGACAUUCUCUCCAUGGAAGAGCUGCUGUGGAUGCAGUCCAAGUUGGCCUCCGAUGCGGCCCCCAAGACGACGGAGGGGGAAACCGAGGAGGAAGCACCACCUGGGGAAGAACUGCCCCCCAAGGCGGAAAGCAAGCAGGAGGCCGCAGAAGGGAGUCAGGCGUUGGCGUCACUGGACCCGGAGAAAAUCCUGGAGCAAUCCAUUUCGAUCCGCCAGCAGAUCUUCGCUCAGAACGAAGGCGAAGUCAGCAAGCGCUGGAAUUUUGAAGAUGGGAUCAAGAGACCCUACUUCCACGUGAAGCCCCUGGAGCGAGCGCAGCUGCGGAACUGGCGGGACUACCUGGACUUCGAGAUCGCCAGCGGUAUGCACGAGCGCACCAUCGUGCUGUUUGAGCGCUGCGUCAUCGCUUGCGCCCUCUACGAGGAGUUCUGGAUUAAGUAUGUCAGGUACCUGGAGAACCACAGCAUAGCUGGAGCCAGGAGCGUUUUCCAGCGGGCGUGCUGUUACCAUCUGCCUCGUAAGCCCAACAUUCACCUCUUGUGGGCAGCCUUUGAGGAGAAACAAGGAGAGGUGGAGGAAGCUCGGCGUAUCUUGAAGACCUUCGAGGACUAUGUGCCCGGCCUCGUCAUGGUGCGUUUGCGGCGGGUGAGCCUGGAACGUCGGCUGGGGAACAUGGACAUGGCGGAGGCCCUCCUGAUGGAAGCCAUACGGGACAACGAGGGGAUGCCCAUCUCCUCCUUCUACUCCGUCAAGCUGGCUCGACAAGUCCUCAAAGUGCAGAAGAACCUGGCCAAGGCACGGAAGAUUCUCCUCGAAGCCUUGGAGAAGGACCCGGACAACGCCAAGCUCUAUGCGAACCUCUUGGAGAUGGAAUUCAGCGCUGAUGUCCGGCAGAACGAAGGCAACACCAUGAGCAGUUUCGACCGGGCCUUGACCAGCGGGCUGCCCCUGGAGACCAAGAUCAUCUUCUCCCAGCGCAGGGUGGAGUUUCUGGAAGAUUUUGGAUCGAGCAUAAACAGCCUGCUGAUGUGCUACGAAGAGCAUCAGAAACUCCUGAACCAGCAGAUGAUGAGGAAGAGGCUUCUGGAAAAUGGCAGCGCUGAUGAAGCCGAUGACAAACGAUUGAGGCUUGAAGAUGCAGCCAUGGGCGGUGGCAGCGUAGCCAUGUCGACAACGGGCAUCACGCCCUUGAUGGCGACGGAUACCAGCACAGCGGGCUCUUACAACUAUAACACGUGGUACCAGAAUUACAGCAACUAUGGAUACCAGAACACGUGGAACUACAAUCAGUAUUACCAACAGACCUAAAAACACCGGACAGGAGAUGGUUGUGUUUGUGGCACUGAUGGGCAGCUGCGGCUGUCUUUGCUCAAACUUCUCAACGGGAGCAAAAGUCUGACUGUCACCUCAUUCGCGGCGGCGGUAGAGCGCCUGGUUGCUAGCUUUAGAAAAACCUGGCCCCUUUUUGUAUUGAUUUAUCGUUUUCCCCACCAAAAAUUUCUGAAACCGGAGAGAAACACGUUGCCAUCCAGAGAUCCUGCGUGAAGAAGCAAGAUUUCCUUCCUUCCAUGGCAGGGCUGAAAGAAUUCCGCGCUCAAGGGAACUCCAGCAGAGUCGAUUCUGAAGAUGCACAACCACAGACUGUUGUGAUCCAGCAUCCUCUCCCUGGGUGCAAAUCUCAUUUCAUUUUAAAACAAGGCCUCGGAAACAGCAAUUUUUAUUUUAUUAUUUUUUUUGUAAAAGGGUUUCCUCUGUACAUUUUCACUUUUUGCAGCUGUAAAUAAAAUGGAACUGUUAAUGUC